AUGGCAUGGUUAACCUCUUUAAUUAAUUGCUGUGCGGCGGGGGAAGAUGUGGGAAGUCGUGAACCGGAAAAAUCAAUGCGCCUAGUGAAUGGACAACCUCAAUUAAUAUCUCCACCAUUACCACAACCUUCAGAAAGACCACAAACAGCAUCUACUUUCGAGAGACCACAGACUAGAGGGAAAGAAUGGACAAAAAGUCAAUCGAGAACAUCGAGUCGUGGAAGCUUUACUUUGAAAAGAAAUUUGUCGUCUCGGGCUUCGAAUCGAAUGGUGAUUAGUGCUCCAUAUAACUUCCAACAUCAUACGGAAACGAGUUAUGUGAGAGAACCGGAGAGGGUAGUCGUUAGAGAUUCACCGAGAUUGCGACCGUUGGAACUGAGCAUAUAUUUACCGGGAAACCUAUUAUCACCCUUACCAGAAUUCGGAUUUCACAGAACUGAUGAGAAGAAUGAUCGUAAAUUGCUUCAUAUGAGAAGUGAAUCGGCUUUGGAAUUCAGGAUACCGAGAAAACCCGUUCUAUCGACGGUUAUGGAGAGGAGAUCAAUGAACACAGAAGAGUUAUUGAAUGCGUUGACGAAAGAUCAGCCCAACGAACGACCUACACGAUUGAGGGCAAAUACGGAACCACUUGCAUACGAGAGAGUCAAGUCUGCAUUAUUGGAAAACAUGGAGUUGGAUAAGAGAUUAAAAGAACUGGAUGAAGUUAUCGAGAGACGAAGUAUCUAUCUAGCCAGUCGACCAACAAGUCGUGCAAGUCGAGUUGAAAGUCGACAAGAAAGACGUGAGAGUGUAUACUCGGAAUUCACCGAACCAAUGCCCGCCAUCACCGAACUCCCACACCACCAUCCCGAUCGUCGUUCUCAAACCGCACCCUCCCGACCCCGCCGUCUAAAAUCCAUAGAUUCCUCCCUGCGAGCCCCCAAACUUCUCAAAGAACGACCACUACCCCCUCCUCUCCCUCUCGUUCUCCAAACUCCUCAGCUUACCACCCGAAGAAAAUCCAUGUCGCGCGUCUCCUCCUGGUUAUUCACCUCCGACUCCGAACGACACCAUUCCCGCCACAUGUCCCUCGACUUCGUCACCAAUACCCCCAAACCCAUGACGUCACGAGAAGGCUUCUACCAAUGUAUCGAAGUGAAAGAAAUCGAUAAUCUGCUGAGUGUGAGUAGUGUAAGUAGUAUUGAAAGCGAGAUUGAUGGCAAUGAAGACUAUGAAGCGACUAGUUGGAGCGAGAGCCCAAGUAUUGGACAUGGAGAUAGACAUGCGAAUGCGUUGGGGUAUGGAGUGAGAACUAGUGCGGGUAGUAAGAGGUUGCAGGUAGCGCCACCCAGUAGAGAUGGAGCGAGAACUUUUGGAGGGAGUGAGAAGAGCGAGGAGGCGAGGUGGAGUAUGGCUUACGGGUAUGAGAGGGAUAGUGUGGGGAUUGCUUUUUAG